AUGUCUAUUUUUUCUGGUCGAGCUUGUUCUUUACCUCUAUCCGGUCUUGCCGUUAGCACGUAUCUCCCAUAUAUUUACCUUUCACAAAUAUCCUAUGCGAAAGCACUUUCUCUACAAGCACACCUUGUUACUCGUCGUUUAAAAGCUCGAGAGCAACUUCAAACCUCUUCCUCUCCUCUACCAACAGAAGAAAAUGAACGACUACAUGAUGUAGCCAACACUGACAUUUUACUUUUAUUACAACAUUCUCCUACGUAUACAACUGGUAGGCGUGAUAAAAGAAGUACAGGAGCAGGAGGCGGGAGCAGCAGCAAAGAAGAUCUUAUUAACAAUGUCGGGAUUGAAGAGAAAAGGCUGCGAGAGUUUGGUGCAGAAUAUUUUGAAACUUUACGUGGUGGUCAAACUACAUUUCAUGGUCCUGGUCAAUUAAUUGGGUACCCGAUACUCAAUUUACAAAACUAUAAGCUUUCUGUUAGAUGUUAUGUAGCCGCUAUUGAACGCGUAAUAAUUGAAACAUGUGCCAUGUAUGGAAUAAAGGCUCAAACGACUGAACAUACAGGUGUAUGGGCAAACGGUGAAAAAAUAUGUGCAAUUGGGAUUCAAGUACAACGAUAUAUAACAUCACAUGGAUUUGCACUGAACUGUAAUACUGAUCUCAGUUGGUUUGACCAUAUUAUUCCAUGCGGAUUAAUUGACAAAAAAAUGACCUCGAUAGCGAAACAGAUCGCGAAACAACAACAGAUUGAGUUUGUUAAUAGAAAUCUUAACCGAAUGCAACAAGAAAAACAGGAAAUCUCGGUUGAAAUUGUUUUGCCUGUUCUUGCUGAGAAGUUUGGGAGUGUGUUUGGGAGGAGCAUGCGACCGUUGGAGUGUUUUGGUGAUUCUGAAUUAGGAGGAUUGCGGCGUGCUAUUAGUGAAGCUUUGUCGAAGUAA